AUGCAGCGCACCGGCACGCAGCCCUGCCGCGCCGACCCCUCCAUCGACCAGUGGCUGACAGGGCCCUCUUCGGUGGAGCUCCUUCGGCCGCCUAAGGCUGAGACGGUGGCCUAUUUGGAUGGCAAAGGUCCUAAACCCGCUCGCUACGCCCGGGUAACGGUCGCCACCAACUCCUCAGUGGUGGAGUACAAGGUGGGUCCUAUCACUGAUCUGAAGAACGCUCAGAUCGAGGUCCUGGUGCCUGCAGGGGCCAUCCCCUAUUCCAAACGUCCAGGCUUCGAGGAGACGGCCUUUUUGCACGAAAUCUACGAUGCCACGGUGCGUCGCUUGGGUGCGCCUCUGCUAGUGAAGGCCUUCGGAAUGAUCUGGCCGCAGCUGGCCGAGCAUGGAGGAUAUGUGCCGAACGUGGGCACUGUGACCACCUUGCCGCGGAACGACCCCUUGGCGCCGGCCGGCACCCGGCGCAUCCGCAUCAAGAGCGCGGUGGUGCCCCCGGCACCCUCGCGGCCGGAUGCGCAGUGGCUCUACCCUUUGCCCUUGGAUAUGGAGGUGAAUGUCACUGCCUGGAACGUCUCAGAGUGGUCCCUGAACCACAUCACCUUCUGUGGUCAAGGCCCCUUUGACUCACCGGAAAGCGUGCUCGAAGCUUAUCGAAGCGGGAAGCUCCAGCUGUGUCACCCAGAUUUCUCCAACCAGGGACAUUGGGACACGCCGCAGAAGGAAACCCCGCAGGCGCGCGGUGCUCGGACGGUGAGCGGCCACAAUGGCGUGGCUUGGGGCGCCUGGAGCUUCAGCGUGACUCAAAGGCCCUCCACUGGUGUGGCCAUCACGGACAUCCGCUUCCGCGAUGAGCGGAUUGUGUACGAGUUGGCUUUGAUGGAUGCGCAGGCGAUCUAUGGAGGAGCCCUGCGUGAUCAGUUCAUGUAUUCCGAUAGCGCUUACACCUUGUCUCAGUGGAGCGCCUCCCUUGAGCCGGGCGUCGAUUGCCCCAGCGAGGCCACGUACCUCUCAGCGGUCAACUGGAUGGGUCCUGACAUGAAUCGGGAACCUGACCCCAGGAAGGCGCAAACCUUCUGGCCGAUUUGCAUCUUCGACUGGGCCGAAGACCAUGAGAUCUGGCGCCACAUGGACGGAAAUCACGUCCGCGGCCUGGUGCGGAAGACUGUCGUGGUGAGGUCCAUUGCCACGGUGGGAAACUACGACUACAUCAUGGACGUCAAGUUCCGAGACGAUGGCGAGAUCCACGUGGAGACGCGCUUUGCCGGAUAUCCCGAGACCCGCUUCCCGGGAAAGGGCGAAGAGGCCUUCUCCACUUUGGUGCGUGAUGGCGUGGCUGGAAUCGUCCACACGCACAGUGUGGCGUGGAAAGCCGACAUCGAAAUCGCAGGCGGAUCGAAGAAUGCCUUGCACGUCACGGAGGUCCGGGAACACGCAUCUGAAGGGCUUGGUGUGGAUUGGAAGGCCGAUCCCAAGGAGCCCAGCUUCCCCACCAAGAUCCUGCAACAUCGCUACGUGGAGCGCGAAGGCGGUCGGUCCGCACAGCUGGACCCGUCGGGGCAUGUGCCGAAAGCUUGGGCGAUUGUGAAUCGAAACAGCUCGGUCUCCCGUGGCAGCCACAAGAAUCCUCGUGGCUACAGGAUCGAGUUGCUCUCCUUCGCGACGGGUCAAGUGCAUGGCGCCUCGCAUCCCUUUGUGCGGGCCAUGCCCUGGACGAAGUAUCAUUUGGCGGUCACCAAGUACCAGGACAACGAAUACCGGCCUUCCUCACCCUAUGUGAGGCUUUGCUUCAUUAGAGUCCUCGCCUUCGUGGAGCGUCCGAUCCGUCGAGAGUCGAGACCGGAGACGGUGGCGGAUGAGACCCGUGGCGAGACGGUGGGGAGACGGUGUGAAGGCUCAGCAGCUGAUAAAGAGAGCUGUGUCUCCCUGGAACUACAGCAGUCAGCUUUGAAGACCUUGCGGGCUUGGUACCCAGACGCGGAAGCGCCGCAGCGGCUGCAGCGAAAGCAGGAGCACAUCGUGCGGCAGGAGGAUUUGCCCUUGGUCUCCAACUUCGGAGUCUCCUUCUCUUUGCAGCCCUGGAACUUCUUUGACCUCAACACAGCCGCCGUGCGGUGGGCCACCUCGGGGACCGUGGAGAAGGCUGGCAGUAUUCCAGGCACCUGGUGGACCGCCGGGAGAUCCGCGUGCUCGGAGGGCAUGGCGGACCUGGGAGCUGCGCGUACAAGAGACACGCCAAGUCGUGGCGGCGAUGUCAUUGUGGAGGCCGGAGGUUCGUUCUUCAGCCUGGCGCAUUUGGAUGGACACGUGGAGGCGGGGGAUGGAAUGGCUGGCAAGAAGGGCAAUUUGAACGGAGAAAGCGGUCGUAACAGCAAGAUUCUGGUGCCGCGCGGUACGAUGGUGCGCGAGCUCUCCGGUGUUUUGGGAGAAGAAGAAACAGAGGAAUUGGCCGACUUGAACCAGUUGGGCGAUUCCAUUGUGGUGGCCAAGGGUGGACGUGGUGGUAUGGGCAACAACAUGGCCCGGCCGCACGAGUCCUCCGAGGGUCAACCGGGCGACGAUCGACGCAUCGAGCUGGAGUUGAAGACCGUGGCGGACGUGGGCUUGGUGGGGAUGCCCAAUGCUGGCAAAUCCACUUUGUUGGGCUCCGUGAGCCGAGCAGCGCCCAAGAUCGCGCCGUACCCCUUCACCACUGUGGCGCCCUACGUGGGAAAGGUGGACUUCGUGGAUGGCUCCUCCCUCAGCGUGGCGGACGUGCCGGGUCUCGUAGAAGGUGCCCAUCGAGGGGAAGGUCUGGGGCACGAGUUCCUCCGACACUUGGAAAGGACCAAGGUCUUGAUGUACGUCGUGGACUGUGCUCGCUCGCCGGACCCCUUCGGCGACUAUUUGAGCCUCCAACGGGAGGUCGAGGCGUUCUCGAUCAUGAUGGCAUGGAAGCCAUCGGCGUUGGUGGCCACCAAAUGCGACGUGAAGCCGGAGGAGACCUUGCGGAAAGUGGAUGCGCUCUACCGCUCCGUGCGUGCGGCCGAAGAGAGCUUAGGCCCAGCAGCGCCCCUCUUUGUGCGCGCCAUCUCCGCGCGCUUCGGCGAGGGCAUUUCCGGCCUCCUGCAGGAGCGACGGCGUGCGGGGUGUAGGAGCUCCGCCUUGUCCUUCAAGGGCGCCAUGAGCGACUGGCCCGACGGAGCGAUUUCCAUGCCGUCAAUCAACUGGGCGAGGGCUGAAAAAGAGCGGUCCGGACUCCUCGAGAGCCUGAAAUUCCUCCAUGGGCUACCACAGCACUUUGGAGCCGAGGACGGACCGGAGGACGGACCGAACCCCAGAGGUGGCACCAGUCUGGAGAAGACAUGGGGACCAACCGACCUGGAGUCCAAGAACAGCUUUUUAGAUGGCCUGGACCUCCCGGAGACAGCGGAGCCAGAGAAGCUCUCGAAGUUCACCAACGCGGAGGUCCAGGCCAAGCAGGUGGAUCUCUUGAACGUCUUGGUGCCUUGGCGCGAUCUCCGAAACAGAUUCGAAACGGGCGACCGAACGGGCUCGCUGGUGCAGCGUGCCAAUGAUCGCCUGGGCGCGGCAAUGGAGUUGAUCAAGCCAAUGGCCCAGAAGGCGGAGAAGGCCACUGAGGAGCGGGGGCCCGAGGAGCUGGAGAGCCACACGGUGAAGCGCCUCACCUGGGAAGCGGAAGCCGAGCGCUUCGCGCGCACGGACGAGCCGAAGGCUUUGGGCUUCAACGGACACCUGCACAGCUUGGAGGAGGCUUUGCCCUUGGAGGCCCAUGUCUGGCUGGCAGAGCAGUGCCUACGCCAGGAGUUCGGGGCGGCAGCUUGUGGGGAGAAUGGGCGGCUGAUGGAGGCAGUCCUGGAAGGGAUUGGUGAUGGGAGGGCCCUCCUUCUCUUCCAAACUGCGUUAGAGGAGAUGCGAGGGAAGGAGGCGACCAAGGGCCACUUCGAAGUGCUCGAGCGGAGCUUGGCCUUGCGAUUGCGCUAUCGCCACUUCUUACGGCCUCCUCUGGUGGAGGUGGAUGUCUUGGUCAGUCCAGAGGCCGAGCCAUCCCAGGUACGGCUGCCUGAGUGCUACGAUCUUCUUUCAGGAGAUUUGAACUUCUACUCGCAGCACAACGAUCCUGCGGAGAUGGAAAAGCUAGACGAAUCAGGACUUGGAGUCUCCAAGAAGCAUGGCAAACAUGUCUAUCUCAUUGGCGAGCGCUUUGACGCUUGGGAGAACUGGACGGCGGAGUAUCCGAUUCCUAUCCGCCGCAUUUGCAACCUGAAGCUGGCUUUCGUGAGCCCCCGCGCGCCCGAGAGCCCACGUGUGGGCCCACCACCGAGUGGUGCGGUCGGAGUGCAUGAGCCACGGCUGGUGGAAACCGACGGGGAGGUGAAGUCUCCCUGGUUGGGCUCGCCCUAUCGAGCUGCAGGUGCCGGCGAUUCCUCAGGUUUCGAAGUCUUCGAAGAGUCGGAGCAGAUCCGCGAGGGCUUACUGAACGACUUGAUGAAGGACGGACACCUGACGCGCAGGGUACUGGAGAUUCCGGUGGACGCACAUCCGGCACAUCGAGGAAAACCGCUCACGCCCUGCCUCUUCUUCUCCGUCUACGAUGAGCAGAAGAUUUGGUGCAUGGAUCCACAAGCGCAGAGGACUGAGCCACCAGAGCAGGUCGAGCCUGCAGUGGACGAUGCCACGCUCUUGCCCGAGGCCGUUUCAGCUGAGGCCGAGGUGCCCAACAGUGAAGUCUUGCUGCCACCAUGGAGCCCCUUGAUGGACAAGGCAUCUUUGGCUUCCAAACACCUCGUGGACCUCAAUGGCUUCGUCACGAAGCACAUGCACGCCUCUGCGCCGAAUGCGACCUUCAACGCCUUGAUCAGGAACCGCCUCAUCGAGUCGAUCCAGCGUCCGGGGUGCAUUUCUCUCCGUCCAUUGCUUGCUUUUGCGCCAUCUAUCAAAGAGAUGUUCGCGGCAAGAGUGUUCGUCGGUGCACCUGAAUCCAUCUUGCGCUUGAAGGCGAUCAUCUGGACGCUGGUCAACGAAUAUGAUGCAGUAGUCCACCGACGCGGAGUCGCACAACAGCCAGAACUUUUGCCAGUGUGCAUCCAAUUCUUCGAGAAGCUGGCCGACGCAGUGAUCCCAGAUCCGCCUCGCACUCGUGAGAUGAUCAUGCAAGGCAUGGGGCACAGGCUCAUUUUCAUGAAUGAGGUGUCAAAGGGAGGGCAGGCAGAUCUCAGUGAGGAAAUCUUCGAUGACCUGGCCCACGCAGAACUUCCCAAAGAAGUCCAACGACGCUGCACAAGACAGCAGCUAGUGGAUUUUGAGGCUCUUCGCGUGGUCCUACUACAAGGAGUUGAGCAAGAAGAUCAGGCUUUUCAAACUGUUUGCUUCUUCCGGUCCAUGGUCGACGUCCUAAGUGAUGUUGACCCAUUGUGGUCCCAGACUGUCUCACUUCCUGACCUUCAGUUAGCACUGACGAAUCUUGGUCAGAUCAGGAAACUUUCUGAUCCUAUCAAGAGCCGGGAUGUCUUGUUGGAGACGUUAGUGGCUGGCUUUCUGGCGCCAACCCUCUCGGGGUACCAGGACGGUGGCUACAUGGUCUUCAAGCCGUUCAACGACGUGUUGGGGGUGGUCGUGAAUUGCCAAUGCCUUGAGAAGGGCAGCAAACUCACCGAGGAGACGUCGUACAAAAGCCUGUGGGAAAUCCCUGAAUUGUCUGCUAAUCUGGUCGAGGAGUACGAAGCUGCUGCCUUUGAUGAUCUGUUUCGUCCGAAAACUCUCUUCAUGGAGUUCGUGAAACACGCAAAGUUUCUGAAUCUUUCGAAACCCUGGCUGGAAUGCCAGCACCUCCCAUACUCGCAGCCAAAGUGGUAA